GAAAUUGUAUCGAUAGCUUCAGUUUGACGAGAGACGUAUAAGAAAAAGCUUUCCAAACAAUGAAUAUACAUACCGUAAAUCAAAGAGUCAUUAUGCUAAAUGAGAUAAGAAAAAAAGGAGAAAAAGUGACAACAUAACCAAGUAUUUUUUGUAUAUUGCUGAGUCGACAAAUAUACCGGUGAGAGUUUGUGUGAAAUCAUGUCGUAAGAUAACCUGCAAUGCCGAGGAGACCUGAUAGACCGGCUGAAAGCAGCGCAUCGCCAUCCGUGAAGAUGAUCUGUCCAUCGCCGGAAGAGCUGAGCAUAAUAAAUAACAAUGUCAAGUGUGAACAAUGCGGGCUUGUUUUCAGAAACGAGCCGCGUUAUCGGCUACAUGAUCUCAAGGUGCACCAGCACAAAAAGUUAGAUAAAAUUGCAAAGGAAAACGCACGCUAUUAUUGCCCAAUACAGUCGUGCGUCUACGCUGUUAAUUCUCAGAGAUACUUUAGCACCAUGAAAUACUUGAAGCAACAUUAUUUGAAGGUACACGCAGAAAAAAAUUAUGCGUGUGAUCGCUGCGGCAAAAGUUUUUCCACUGAAUCCGCUAAAAACGGACAUACAAGAGUCUGCGGCAUAGAGUUCACAUGUUCCUGUUUAAAGACUUAUGUCACAUAUGAAGCGUUGCUUACGCACGCAAAGCGAUCUCUGCACACUAUAACGGAAAACUACAAAAAUUCACGACACACCAACUCCAAGACAACGCAAAUCAUCUUACCAAGGAAAAUUAUAAGUAAACCUGUCUCGAUAUUGCCCAAUCCAGAGAAAUCUGGAAAGAAUAGCGAAAAUAUUAAUACGAUAAAAAGUACAUCGGAUGUCGGAGUACAGACAGACGAUUAUAAAAGAAGCAAGAGACCGAGUCCAUUAAAACUCAACAAUAACAAUCUACACAAUACGAAACGUCGAAUAUCUCAGCAAACACAAACCAAUCAUUUUUCUAAGGAGAAAACCUCCGGGAAAUCGAUAGAAACACAAACACCACAAGCAAACAGAGAAUUGCCGAAGAUAAACAAACGUAGUGGAAAGUGUCGCGCAUUAUCGAAACAAUCAGAACAGACGUUGCUAAAAGAGGAUCUUGAUCUUGGCAAUAAUUUCGCAUCGACCAAUUUAUUUCCGGCUAGUCCGCUGCCGCUUCGUCACGACGUGGGCUUGCAGGAUUUCUGGGAACAGAAGAAUACUUCAGGCACGCAAACGAUACCAGAAAAAGAUAUAUUCGAGGCAUUUAAUGAUAGCGUGACUCAGACGGAAUUUGAUACAUUCUACAAUCACAGUCAUAAUCCUUUAAUUCAAUGCGUACCGAAGAGUACAGUGGCUUUAAUGACUUUGCCUUAUGUCGAGGACACGUCAGCAGUUGAAGGGUAUUCUUUCGCUUCGACCGAUGGGAUGUCUCAGGCAGAUCUUAUGCUAACCACUAAGACAUUCGAAGACAGAUUUAGUAGUAUAGAAACGCAAACCGAACAAGCCUUUUCUCCUUCGUAUUUUUAUUCCGAAUCUUUCGGGUCGAAAUCGUUUGCUUUAAGUUCAAACAUUGAAACGCAAACUACAGAUAAUCUAGACAACAUGGAACAACUGCUAUACAGCAACACAUACACUCAAACAUGCGAUAAAAUGUUGUCUUCCGAUUUAGGACUAUCCAAUAUACAGACUCAGACUGCUUGGUCGCACAACGACACUACAGUUUCUACCGAGACUCAAACAAAAUCCCUGAUUUGCGGAACUGAUUGCAACAUUCCCACUGGAGCCUGUAGAUCCUGGUUAAAUACACAAACGAGUCACACCGAAACACAGACCGAUCUACUUAGUAUUUUCGAGGGACUUGAAUAAAAUAUAUUCUUUUUUCAUUGCAACUUCAAUAAAUUACUUAGUA